CAGCAGCUGGUCUGAAAUCCCCCACCUCCUUACAUUCGAGCAACACAAUUGGCAUUCUAGUUUCUCUCGUGACCCGUCUCCCACUGCAAGUCGCUCUCACCUCCCUCUCUCUCUCACUCUCUCUCUUUCUCGGGUCUCCUCUCCUGCUCGCCUAUCUCUAUCUCGUCCGCUUUCCAGCUCCAGUCAUUCUCUCAUCCGCUUGCGUGCUCGCUCUCCCUUCCAAUCUCUGUCAAUCUUUCUCCCUCUCUCUCUCUCUCACUCUCACUCUCUUCUCGGCCUGCCCCACUGGGCGAGUGCUGUGUUGCGCACACAAGUCGAACAUUCCACUGUUAGUUUGUCUGUAUGACUGUCCGGCUCUAGCAGGCAAGGCGAAGAAGGUUGGCCUGGCGGGCAGAGGCUGGAAUUUGAAGAAGAAACCAGCAGUCGCGUUCCAUCGUCUUCUGCUUCUUCUUCUUCUUGCUCCGUGCUCGCUUUUCGAACGAGUUUCGUAGCGAGUGCCAUUCGCUCGGCGUACAGACCAGCCCAGCUCUCUGUGGCAGGCAGGCAGGCAGGCAGGCAGGCCUUGCUCUCUCCUGCAGCUCUGGAACAGGAAGGCUCUCGAAAGACUGCGAGGUAACGCGCAGCUCCUUCUCGGCUUCGCUGUUCUCGGUUCUCUGCAAUCUCUCAUUCACGAUCGGAGCUCGGCGGGUCGAGCAUCACGGAUUGCUCAGACGAACCAUUUCGGCUGUGCGUGCCGGGAGGAACCCGUCGUCCGUCAAUCAGUUGGUCUUUCAUGCUGCUGACGUCGAGGAUUUUCUCGUCUCAGAGCGUGGCGACGUGAGCCUGAGAAAUACGGACGGCUUGGCUUGGUUCUGGUGGUGGUGGUGGUGUCGGUGUCGGAGCCGGCUCUGAACACGACGAGGAAGCAAGACUUGACAAUCAGUCUAGAUGAUGCUCCUAGCGGAGGGGAAGGAUAGAUUACGGGAGGAGGUGCAGCGGCUUAGGGCGAUGCAAGGCUCCGGAGCGAGCUUGAGCCUCAGCGUAGACUUGAGCAUGAUGGUAGCGAGGAGCCAGGACGAUUGCUCCACCGUAAGACGGCAGUGCCCCGUGCAACUGGAUCUGCUGCCCAUGCCCACUUUUCCAUCGGCUGCAGCAGCCCCGCACCCUCCCACGCAGCAGUCGCAGUCGCAGUCCCACAAUCCCUUCCCGUGGAAACCUCUCUUCAACAGAUCCCGUUCCAACUCUGCCAGUGGUAAUGAAGACAUCGAGGCGGCGGAAACUUACUCCUCGGGACACGGAGGAUCACCUCGAGGAAUCGACGUCAAUCAAAUCCCGUCUUCAGCCGAUUGCGACGACGUGGUGGUCUCGUCCCCCAACAGCAUCAAUCUGAAAAGGGAGAGGGAGAAAACGCACGAUUUUGACCUGGAACGCGACCGCACGUGUGACAUUUCCUCGAGAGGCAGCGACGAGGAAGAAGGGGGCACCACGAGGAAGAAGCUCAGACUGUCCAAGGAGCAGUCGGCUCUCCUCGAGGAAAGCUUCAAAGAGCACAGCACCCUCAACCCGAAGCAAAAGAACGCACUCGCCAAGCAGUUGAACUUGCGGCCUCGCCAAGUCGAAGUUUGGUUCCAAAACAGAAGAGCAAGGACCAAGCUGAAACAAACCGAGGUCGAUUGCGAGCUUCUGAAGCGAUGCUGCGAGACUCUGACGGAGGAGAACCGGAGACUGCAGAAGGAGCUGCAGGAGCUGAGAGCGCUGAAGGUGGCUCCUCCGUGUGUCAUUGCGCACGACUUCUACAUGCCGCUACCUGCCGCCACCCUGACCAUGUGCCCAUCCUGUGAAAGAGUAACCACCAUGGACAACAAGACACUUGCCUUCGCCAAGCCCGGAUUCUCCCACUACUCGCAAUCCUCGGCCGCAUGUUAGAGGCGGCCGGAUCGAAGCACAGACAGGAAGGAAGGAUGGAGGGUGAAGAAGCCACAGGAAAGGUGGAACGAACGGUAGGUAGGUUGUAUACAUUCACAUGACACACAGACAGACAUCGAGGACUCUUAAAGGCCUCCUGUAAUAUUGUUACUCACUCACUCACUCACACUCAAGAGCUCAAUGAUCAUUUGUGUAUUUCUCAAGUUAGCAUAGAAUUCUUCCACACUGGAAGCUUGUAAUUGACAACAAUGUAGACAUCAUGUUAAAAACGGUCGCAGUGUACACGAUCUAGAUUUUUUAAAGAUCUGAGCAGCUGCCCAAAUUGAAGAUCAGUGGUCUGAUCGCACUCAAUGCAGCGAGAUGAUAGUGCAUGCAGGCAGCCAGCCAUGUAAGUAGUUGGUAGGAUAGAGGUAUGGAUGAUCUUUGUGCAACCAGCAGUUCCAUACAUGAGUUUGACCCUGAGUGAUUAUACUGUCAAUGUCUCAAUUCUGCCGGCCCCUCGGCAGUCUGGCCCUGAGUGUUUCAUUCUUGAGCAAAAUCGACGGAGCGAAUCUACGAUCAAACCCGGGUUCACAUUUUUGUAUGGCCUUGUUGAAAUAAAGAUGCUUUACUGGAAACUUCUCA